UCCUCCUCCUCCUCCUCUCUCUGUCUCUCUCUGUGGGCACGCGGGCUUCGCCUCUCUUGUUGUGGCUCCGCUUCAUCCUCAAAGUUCAGCCCCGCAGUCAAACCAUCAUAUUCGGCAAUAAUAGCGACCAGGUAUGGCAGAGUCUCAGGAGGACAAGCUUUACAAGGCGGAGUACGCCAAAAGCGGCCGUGCAUCGUGCAAGAAAUGCAAAGAAAACAUCGCCAAAGACUCGCUGAGGAUGGCCAUCAUGGUGCAGUCACCCAUGUUUGAUGGGAAAGUCCCCCACUGGCACCACUUCUCUUGCUUCUGGCAGCGAGCAGCAGCUCAGUCCACAGCUGAUAUCGGUGGAUAUUCGGACCUCCGCUGGGAGGACCAGGAGAAGGUCAAAAAGGCCAUCGAAAGUGGAGGAGCAACAGGAGGAAAAGGAGACCAGAAGAGUGGAGCUAAAGGAGAGAAGACGCUGAAUGACUUUGCGGUUGAAUAUGCCAAGUCAAACCGCAGCACGUGCAAAGGCUGUGAGCAGAAAAUCGAAAAGGAUCAGAUCCGUGUAUCCAAGAAAACUGUGGACCCGGAGAAGCCCCAGUUGGGCCUGAUUGACCGCUGGUACCACACGGCGUGUUUCGUGAGCCGUAGGGAGGAACUGGUCUUCAAGUCUGAAUACAGCGCAGCCCAGCUGAAGGGUUUCAACGCACUACGAGCAGAAGACAAGGAGGAACUUAAGAAGAGGCUCCCUGCUGUGAAAACUGAAGGGAAACGUAAAGCUGACGAGGUGGAUGGCGUGUCCAAGAAACAGAAGAAGGAGGCAGAUGACGUGAACAAAAAGCUGGAGGAGCAAUUAAAGAAUCAGAGCCAGCUGAUUUGGGGAAUCAAGGACAAGCUGAAGAAGUAUUGUUCAACCAACGACAUGAAAGAGCUGCUGAUUGCAAACGGCCAAGAGGUUCCCUCUGGAGAAUCAAAUGUGGUGGACUCCCUGGCCGACGGCAUGGCUUUUGGUGCCCUCGAGGCCUGCAAGGAGUGCAAGGGCCAGCUGGUGUUCAAGGGUGACGCUUAUUACUGCACAGGGGACAUCUCAGCCUGGACAAAGUGUGUGUUCAAAACCGCAACGCCCGUACGCAAAGACUGGGUCAUCCCCAAGGAAUUCCACGAAGUUCCCUUCCUAAAAAAAUUCAAGUUCAAGGCACAGGACAGAGUUUACCCAAAGGAGGCUCCCACCCAAACGCUCACCGCAGCCAAAGCAGAACCCUUGGCCAGCGCAUCCAGUGCCCCGAUGGAGCGACUACCAGAGGGAGCACCUGCAGACAAACCACUCACUGGUAUGAAACUGUUGGCUGUGGGCAAGCUCAGCAAGAACAAGGAUGAUCUGAAGGCUGCUGUUGAGGAGAUGGGUGGAAAGAUUACCGGCACAGCCAAUAAGGCUUCUGUCUGCCUCAGCACCAAGAAGGAAGUGGAGAAGAUGAGUAAGAAAAUGGAGGAAGUGAGGGACGCUGGUGUGCGUGUGGUCUCUGAGGAUUUCCUCACGGACAUCAAGUCGUCGGGUAAAGCCCUGCAGGAGCUGGUCUCCCUGCACGCCAUCUCCCCCUGGGGGGCAGAGGUCAAAGUCGAGUCUCAGGCUCCAGCUGCGGCCUCCAAGUCUGGAGCGAUGGCUGCCAAGAGCACAGGCAGGGUGAAGGAGGAGGAAGGUAGUAGCAAAACCAAGAAGAUGAAACUCACAGUGAAAGGAGGAGCUGCUGUGGAUCCAGAUUCAGGUCUGGAGAACAGCGCUCAUGUCCUGGAGCAGAGUGGGAAGAUGUACAGCGCAACGCUUGGCCUUGUGGACAUUGUCAGGGGAACCAACUCCUACUAUAAACUGCAGCUGCUGGAGGAUGAUGUACAGAAACGGUACUGGGUGUUCAGGUCAUGGGGCAGAGUGGGUACCACCAUCGGAGGCAACAAGCUGGACAAGUUUCACGACAAGAACUCCGCCAUGGACAACUUCCUGGCUGUCUACAAAGAGAAGACAGGCAACAACUGGGGCGCCUCCAACUUUACCAAAUAUCCCAAUAAGUUCUAUCCCCUGGAGAUUGACUAUGGACAGGAUGAGGAAGCAGUGAAGAGGCUGACAGCGACAGCCGGCACCAAAUCGAAGCUUGCCAAACCCGUCCAGGAGCUGAUCAAGACGAUCUUUGAUGUAGAGAGCAUGAAGAAGGCCAUGGUGGAGUUUGAGAUCGACCUCCAGAAGAUGCCCCUCGGAAAGCUGAGCAAGAGGCAGAUUCAGAGUGCCUACGCUCUCCUCACUGAAGUACAGCAGGCUGUGUCAGACUGUCUGCCUGAGUCGCAGGUGCUGGAUCUCUCCAAUCGCUUCUACACCCUGAUCCCUCACGACUUUGGCAUGAAGAAACCUCCCCUGCUCAACAACCUGGACUACAUCCAGGCUAAAGUUCAGAUGCUGGACAACCUGUUGGAUAUUGAAGUGGCAUACAGCCUGCUGAGAGGAGGAGCCCAGGACAAUGAGAACGAUCCCAUCGACAUCAACUAUGAGAAACUCAAAACCAAAAUUGAGGUUGUUGACAAAACUACAGAAGAGGCUCAGGUCAUUCUGCAAUACGUUAAGAACACCCACGCUGCUACACACAACACGUACACACUGGAAGUGCAAGAAAUCUUCAAAAUUGUUCGAGAGGGAGAGCGCCAACGAUACCGUCCGUUUGAGGAGUUGCACAAUCGCCAGCUACUGUGGCACGGCUCUCGCACCACCAACUACGCUGGUAUCUUGUCUCAGGGUCUUCGCAUUGCCCCUCCAGAGGCUCCAGUGACUGGUUACAUGUUUGGCAAAGGUGUGUACUUUGCCGACAUGGUGUCCAAGAGUGCAAACUACUGUCACACCUCCCAGUCAGACCCCGUAGGUCUCCUCCUGCUGGCCGAGGUUGCCCUUGGCAACAUGCAUGAACUGAAGAAGGCUUCCCACAUUACAAAAUUACCUAAGGGCAAGCACAGCGUUAAAGGUGUGGGUAGAACCGCUCCUGAUCCAAGCGCUGCUGUCACUUUAGACGGUGUGCAGGUGCCUCUGGGAAAAGGAGCCCACACUAACAUUGAUGACACAAGUCUACUGUACAACGAGUACAUUGUCUAUGAUGUAGCGCAGGUAAACAUGAAGUAUCUCCUGAAGAUCAAGUUUAACUACCAGACGUCCCUGUGGUGAGAGGGCCUGUUUCCGAAUCCUCUUCAGUGAAAACAAAGACCACUGUUGCCUCCGAACGCCCGGGCUUCAUUCCCUGCAAUAGAAGAUGUUUGGCAAAGGAGCAACGCUAUACCACACUUUACAGCGGUCAUUGGAAAUCUCUAGUCACUUUAUUGCUUUUACAUCAGGUUUACUAGCUGGCAGCCUUCCUCAGUAAUCCUUUAGGUACUUCAAUACCUACUUCAGAGAAGACGGACACACAGUUCAGUACAGUGGCUGAAGCAUGGUGCAUAUAACAUAGAAAGGUUUGGGUUUAGAAAUGAACAUCAGGAAAUGUAGUUUUCUGUCUCAUGCAGUCAUCUUUGAUUUCAGAAGGAUCUUCAUUCUUUAAUAAAUCUGUAGUAAAUAAGGCAUAGUACUGCAAACUUAGGAGUUUUGAGUUAUGAUCAACCAAUCUGCAAACAUACACAAAGCAAUGUUCAUAUUUUGCUAGGGUUCCUAAGUAAAAUAGCCAGUAAGAUAAAACAUUUUGUGGACUGUCUGGUUUAAAGAUACUGUACAAGGAUUGACAUGUAUAUAUGUGUUUUGUUGUUCGUCCCUCAAACCGUCUUCCUUGCC